GCCUCAUUAGCAUAUGGGCGGGGCUGCCGCGGACGCUUGGUUGGAGCGUCGCCGCAUCCCAGGUCCCGGGAAAGUUUUUUCGGAGGUCCCGCCCAGAGAGGCCAUGUCCCACGGCCCCCGGCAGCCAGGCGGGGCCGCCGCGCCGGCGGGAAGCAAGACUCCGGGCCAGCACGGGGCCUUCGCGGUGGCCGUCAAACAGGAACGCGGCGAGGGCGCGCGUGCCGGGGAGAAGGGGUCCCAGGAGGAGGAGCCCGUGAAGAAGAGAGGCUGGCCAAAAGGCAAGAAGAGAAAGAAGGUUCUCCCCAAUGGGCCCAAGGCACCCGUCACCGGCUACGUCCGCUUUCUCAACGAGCGCCGGGAGCAGAUUCGCACCCGCCACCCAGACCUGCCUUUUCCGGAGAUCACCAAGAUGCUGGGCGCCGAGUGGAGCAAGCUGCAGCCGGCAGAGAAGCAGCGGUACCUGGACGAGGCGGAAAAGGAGAAACAGCAAUACUUGAAGGAGCUGUGGGCAUACCAGCAGUCAGAGGCCUACAAGGUCUGCACAGAGAAGAUCCAAGAAAGCAAAAUCAAAAAAGAGGACUCCGGCUCUGGGCUCGUGAACACGCUCCUGAAUGGGCACAAGGGUGUGGACUGUGAUGGCUUUUCCACAUUCGAUGUCCCCAUCUUCACUGAAGAGUUUUUGGACCAAAACAAAGCCCGCGAGGCGGAGUUGCGGCGCCUGCGGAAGAUGAACGUGGCCUUCGAGGAGCAGAACGCCGUGCUGCAGCGCCACACGCAGAGCAUGAGCAGCGCACGCGAGCGUCUGGAGCAGGAGCUGGCGCUGGAGGAGCGGCGCACGCUGGCGCUGCAGCAGCAACUGCAGGCCGUGCGGCAGGCGCUCACCGCCAGCUUCGCCUCCCUGCCGGUGCCCGGCACCGGGGAGACGCCGACGCUCGGGACUCUGGACUUCUACAUGGCGCGGCUGCACGGAGCCAUCGAGCGUGACCCCGCGCAGCACGAGAGACUGAUCGCGCGCGUCAAGGAGAUCCUGGCGCGGGUGGCCAGCGAGCACCUGUGACCGCCCUGGGACCGGCAGACGCCCCACCCAGGGGGAGCUGGGGUCCCCGAUGGGCCGCGCCCGGUGCUGCAGCUUGGCAUCUCCAGACCUAACCCCCAGUGAAACCAACACGCGCGUCCUUGUAGCUUCGCACCCGGUGGCAGAGCCGGGACCUCCCUGCCUCGCGGGGUGGGGAGCGUCUCGGACACACCCACCCCGGUGCAGAGCACGACUCCAGGGCGCCCACCGCAGGGUUCCCACCGCAGGGCGCCCACCGCAGGGCGCUCACCGCAGGGCGCCCACCGCAGGGUGCCCACCGCAGGGCGCCCACCGCAGGGCGCUCACCGCAGGGCGCCCACCGCAGGGUGCUCAUCGCAGGGCGCUCACGGCAGGGUGCCCACCGCAGGGCGCCCACCGCAGGGCCCGGGACCCGCUGCGCAGGCGCUGGGUGCCCUGGCACAGGCAGGGGAGGCUGCAGCACAGCCGCCACCCCAGCGCCUUCCAUCACUCAAUCCGGACUUUUACAUAAAU